AUGAAGAAAAGUAUUCCUCUUAAUAGUUACGAAAUUCUGUUUGCUGUACUCUUCAUAAUUUUGAUGUGUGUUUCCACUGUCUUAUUGACACUGCUGUGGCUCAUAAAUGAAACAAGUCAACAAGGUGAAAACAGUCAUGAAGCCCAAUGUACAUUCACAAUGCUGUCAGGAGCAUCUUUCAGCUUGGCUUUGCAAGACAAAUCAUCAACAGCCUUUAAAAGUCUUGCUUUUGAUGUCCAGCAAAUGGUAGAUGAUAUCUUUCAAUCAAGUAAAGUUCAAAAUGAGUAUAAGAGAUGUGAGGUUUUGCAGUUCAGAAAUGGCAGUGUUAUUGUGGUACUCAGUCUCUUCUUUGUACAAUGGUUAUCCGACAUAAAGAUACAAAAUGAACUGUCUUUGGGCAUUGAAGGAAAUAAAAGUGUCCAUCUGCAGACUUUCAUCAUUGAUGUGAACAGCAUACAAGUAACAGAUUUGGGAACAUACUCUACCAGCCCUCCUCUGGCAACUGCAGGUUAUAAGUCAGGCAAGUCAAGUAAGCAUUCCAGAAUAAUGUAAUUUCUCAUUUAAAAAUUAAUUUCAGUUAAAUGUUUACCUCCUAAUGACCUUUGUGCUGAUGGUAUAAGCUGCAUUAAAAAGGACAAAUUUUGUGAUGGAAUACGAGACUGCCCGGAUGGUUCUGAUGAAUACAAGAAAGCAUGUGCUACAUCUUGUGAUGGGAAAUUUAUUCUGAUGGAAUCCUCCGGGUCUUUCCACUCAAUUAAUUAUCCAGAGCCCUAUAUUUCAAACUUGUUUUGUCGAUGGAUUAUACACAUAAACCAAGGUCUGUCUAUCAAAAUUAACUUCACUGCUUUUGAUACGCAGCAAUAUGAGGAUACACUAAGUAUUUAUGAAGGGCUAGGUCCAAAAAAGAUUUUACGAGCUUUUCUUUGGGGUUCUAAUCCUGGGACAAUUCACAUUUUUUCUAAUGAAGCCACUGUAGAAUUUGCUACAGAUUAUUCUCAAAAUUAUAUUGGCUUCAAUGCAACAUAUAUUACAUUUAAUACAAGUGAGCUAAACAAUGAUCAGAAAAUUGACUGCACUUUUGAAGAUGGCUUUUGUUACUGGAUUCAAGAUUUAAAUGAUGAUGAUGAAUGGGAGCGAAUAAAUGGUCCCACCUUUCCUAUUACUUCUGGCCCUGAUUUUGAUCAUACAACUGGCAAUCUCUCCGGAUAUUAUAUUUCAACACCGAGGUUGUUUGGAGGAAGACCAGUGCGAGUUCGACUUCUAAGUUUACCUUUAGUCCCUGCUUCAGAUAUGUUUUGCCUGAUUUUCUGGUAUCACAUGUUUGGAGCUAAUGUUUAUCGUUUGAGUAUUAGCAUCAUAUACAACCAUAACAUUGAAAAGACAGUUUUCCAAAAAGAAGGAAAUUAUGGAAACAACUGGAACUACGGACAAAUACUUCUAAAUGAAACAUCUAAUUUUAAAGUUGCUUUUGAUGCCAUUAAAAGACCAGGCUGGGAUGACAUUGCCAUUGAUGACAUUGGAUUAACCAGUGGAGGCUGCACAGAAAGUCCUUAUCCAGAACCUACUCUCAUCCCCACAGUACCUACAACCCCUCUUCUCCCCACUGACUGUGGUGGGCCUUUUGAUCUGUGGGAGCCAAAUACUACAUUUACUUCAAUGAACUAUCCCAACAAAUAUCCCAACCUAGCCACUUGUGUGUGGUAUUUAAAUGCUGAAAAGGGGAGAAAUAUACAGCUUCAUUUCCAAUAUUUUGAUCUGGAGAAUAUUGAUGAUGUUGUAGAAAUCAGAGAUAGCGGAGGAGAAGAUUCUUUAUUUUUGGCUGUAUAUACAGGAAAAUCUCCAGUGCCAGAUAUAUUCUCCACAACUCACCAGAUGACUGUGCUCUUCAUUACUGACAAGGCUGGAACUAAGAAUGGAUUUGUAGCCAAUUUCUCCACUGGCUACCAUCUAGGGAUGGCAGAUCCAUGCGAGCCCAAAUAUUAUCAGUGUAGAAGUGGGGAAUGCAUACCAUUGGUUUACCUUUGCGACCGAUCCCAGCACUGUAAAGAUAAUUCUGAUGAAACAGAUUGUGUGCGCUUACUUAAUGGUUCUCUGAGCCUCAAUGGACUGGUUCAAUUCAGAAUUGAGAACAGCUGGUAUUUAGCUUGUGCAGAUUAUGAGCCGGAACAAUUAGCAAGUAAUAUCUGCCACUGGUUGGGGCUAGGAACCAUGAAUACAACGUCUCCUUUACUGUUUGAUGGAAACGGGCUCUUUGUAUAUGUUACAAAAACAAUCAAUAAUAGCUUCAUACUAACACCAACGAAACAGUGCCUGAAUAACUUGGUGAUACACUUGCAAUGUAAUGAGAAACCAUGUGGGAAAAGACUGGUUAUUCAGAAACAUGGUAUAAAGAUUGUUGGUGGUACCAGUGCUCAAGAAGGUGCUUGGCCAUGGGUGGUAUCAUUACAUUUUAAUUCCCGACCAAUAUGUGGAGCUUCACUGGUUAGCAAUGAAUGGUUGGUCUCAGCAGCACACUGCGUAUAUGGGAGGAAUUUAGAACCACCUCAAUGGGAAGCAGUACUUGGAUUGCAUUCUACUCUGAAUCUGUCAUCUCCACAAACAGUCAUCCGAGAAAUUGAUCAAAUCAUCAUAAAUCCCCAUUACAACAAGCGAACAAAAGAUAGUGACAUUGCUUUGAUGCAUCUUAAAUACCAUGUCAAUUACACAGAUUACAUUCAGCCCAUUUGCCUUCCAGAAAAAAAUAAACAAUUUUUGCCAGGAACGAAUUGCUCCAUUGCUGGGUGGGGAAAAACCACCAAUCAAGCAGGCUCAGUUGCAAGCAUCCUGCAGGAAGCUGAAGUCCCUCUUAUAGCAAGUGGAAAAUGCCAGCAACAGAUGCCAGAAUAUAAUAUUACUGAAAAUAUGAUGUGUGCUGGGUAUGAUAAAGGAGGAAUUGAUUCCUGUCAGGGAGAUUCUGGUGGGCCCUUGCUGUGCCCAGAGAAUGAAAAGUGGUUGCUGGCUGGUGUGACUUCCUUUGGCUACCAGUGUGCUCUGCCUCACCGCCCUGGUGUGUAUGUAAAAGUUUCAAAGUUCACUGACUGGAUAAAAAGGACGAUUCAUUAGCAUUUUAUUUGAAUGGUACAGGCAGAUCAAUUCACGGUGAGAAGACAUACCUUUUAUACGGGACAUGGCGAACAAUAUGUCAGCAGUUUUCUUUGUCAGAAAUCCUACCAAUUGGAGUCCCACCUCUACAGUGUCCAAAGGAUCAUUUAUUCCCAUGAAUGGUUGUUCUCCAAUUAAGGCC